AGCGAGGUCGAUGGGGGCCAGGAUGGCUCCGGUCAACAAAGUGCGGCCCAGAAUGCAGGCGAGGUGGGCCCAUUGAACAACGUCCCGGAGAACAACGGCUACGCUGCUCCGGAGGGCCAGCUCCAGGGGGGUCAGUCCCAGGCGAGCGCCGAGGAAGAGACUGCUGGCGCUCCUCAGGCUGCCGCCGGUGCCAUCUCUGCUGGUGCGCAGGGGGGCAGUCAGGGGGUGCUGGGGGUGGUGCCGCAGCCGACCGAGUACCUGCCGCCCCCAACCGAGGCUGCCCUACCGGACAUCGACGUCCGGACCAGCCUGCCGCAGGUAGUCCAGGCACAGAUUGACGAGGCGAUCCGCAACGCUUUCGUGACGGAUAACUCGCUUUCGGAGGAGGUGCCUGCGAUCGAGCCCUCGCUUCUAAUGGACCCGUCGCCGACCGUGCUUACAAUCACGAUACCCGACCCGCCCGUCGCCACGGAGACCGUGACGCCGACGGCAGCGUCGUCUGGCGAGACGGCGGUGGCGCCACCUGCACCGCAGUUCGACGGCCAGGCCGUGUUCGGCGACCGACUGCGGCCACCCACCGAGGAAUAUCUUCCUCCGACGCGUGGACGGCAUGGAGGCGCGGCAUCCGGUGCGUCCCGGGCCACGGACGCCGUAGGACCCGCCACCUCACCGCCCGACACUGCGCUUGACAGCACCUCCACCGUCGCGCCGGACACCCGACCUCCUGAGACGGCCCCCGCCCCGCCCGCCUCCCCGUCCCGCUCUGAGGCCCCGUCCUACCAACCGUCGGCCCCGGGUCCCCAGUCGGCCGCCCUCCUCAGCUCGGUCGGGGACGGGCGGUCGGGGGGUGCCGCCGACACCUCGCGCGGGGUGUCCGGCUGGGGUUGGCCGGACUUCAGUGAUGAGGCCCUGGCCAAUACGUUCAUGGACGUGAUGGAGAAGACGCGGAAGAAGCUGGAUACGGCGGAAGAAGCGGCGCCGAGUGAUGGCGAGGCUGUGUCCCACGAGAUGGUGAGCGUAUCCGAUCCGGACGUAUUCGUUUCCCGCAACACCAGCGCCGACCUGAUGAUCAAGGGCAUGCAGCAGCACGAGGUCCACGACCUUGAGCAGAAGAGCAUGCUGGAGACGGUAGGAGGUCUCUGGGCCAGGGUCCUCUGAGAACGCGGAGGGGCCAAGCCAGACGGAAAGCUUGGCGGACGGAGAUCCGAACUUGUUCGACCCACGGCGUCUUCCCAGCGGCGCUGUCGCUGGGGAUGCUCAGGUGGUGACAGACCUCUCCAAGCGGGUGGCAGCUCCGCUGGACGACAGCCUGGUCGUAGGAGAUGUACUCGAGUCCAUAGCGUCUCUCCAGCCCGAUGUUCUGAAGGGGUUGAUGACAGGACGCGAGGCAGGACUUCUGGAGCAGUCACUUGACGCCGGGCCUGUCACAGAGGAUGUCAGCUAUGCAGUGGACCAGACCAAUACGGAGCCCCCGGCUGCUACGCCACUGGACACGCAGAACCCGCGCCCAGCGAGCGUAGAGUCUUCCACCUCUGAGAGCGGGUCAUCUGGGGCCGAUUUACCUCACGCCACUCUAGCAGGAGGGACUGCGUUCAGCAAUGACCCCAUCGCAGCACCUGUCUUCGACUUCUCCAGCAACACCGACUUUUCCAGCAGCGAACCGCCCUUCACAACCACAAUCCAGACGAUCCAGGACACCUUCGACCAGAUGCUGCCGCUGUCUCUCGGUGGGCGCUCACCGUCGACCAGCGCGCUCUUCCGAGUGUCGUACGACGUGGAUCCGGGCUCAGUAACUCCUGGCCACUCUGGCAGCCUGGCCGACGAUGCGUACUCGAACAUGUCGGGCGAUGGAGGGUUCGGGAUGAGGGUGGCCCAGACGCAGAGGCGGGAUAAUGCUGUUGGUGUAGAUGGGAGAUCCGUUGAAGGAAUAACGACGGCUGUGAGUGAAAAUGCCAUCAACGAUGGGCCUUCGGCGCAGGCGCGGGUCGACAACAGUCCAUGGGUCUUCGCAAAUAAUCUUAAUAGCAUGACAGAAGCAAAGUUCUUGAGCUCCGAUUCUUUCUCAGAUGAAACCAACGUGAAACCAUAUUUACCCAUUCAGAAUAUGGGUCUCGCAAAUAAUGUUGAGGCUAUGAUCCCUGCAACCUUCGGGGCAAGAUCUUCCUGGGCCCCUGAUGGCUUAGUUUCGGUUCAACAAAGCGUGAACAAAAUUUCCCAAGCGCCCAAGAUACCUUUAGACCUGGUGAGUCAGUCACAAAAUAAAGUUAAUGCAGAACGCAUCGUUAACACUGCCCGAAGCAAUGCCGGUACCUUCGGCGACUCUCAACUCACGGAGUCGAUCACUCGCAAACUAGUGAGUAAUUCAGCAGCAGACACAACCUCGCCGGGCCCUGGCUCACACCCAGCCUUCCACGCCGACGGCUAAUCCUGUUCAAGAGUCGGUGGACGAGCUCCUCCUGCAGGUGGAGCGGCAGUUCCAGGGCCUGGAGCUGCGGAAAGUGGGCAGUGCCACGGCGGUGGACCAGCACAAUCGGGAGCGUUCCCCGCUUCUCCAAGUCCUGGAGGAACUGGGGCUGUCGGAGGAACCCUUCCGACAAGGCAGCGCCUGGACGCGCGUUGCUCGCUCCGGGUCGCCAGAGGAGGAGACUGACCCUGAAAACACGCCACAAGACCGAGUCCCAGCAGCAUCACAGGAGGUCAGAGCCUCGAUGUCUCCAGGCCGGAGGACGAAAUAUGAAAGGAGACGCACGAUGCUCGGAAACGAGGAUGUUUAUCAACGUGAUAACAGCUUGGAUCAAGUGGAAAAAACUUCUGAAGCCCAUGGCCUUAUGAUGGCAGAGUCGAAGACGAGCAGUGAAGUAACUUCUGAUCAGCAUGAAAAGCGGGUUUACGACCUCUUCACCCGUAGGGAGAAGCCAAGACUGAACUUCCACAGCAAUUUAGGUGCUCAGACAUCGAUAAAGCAUGUCGCCCCGACCCCGCGGCGCGAGACCAACCAUCUCGGGUCAUCGCACACACUGCCAUACUCUGGUCUCAGGCGUCUACGUUCCUUCAGCAGCGAAAGUGCCGAGCCAUUUUCGUUCAGUUUCUCGUCUGACUGACAGCGAUCGUUCAUUCUCCGCCGCCGACCGCUCGUCCUCGGCCGACGAGGGCGGGAACGAGCUUCCGUACGAGUCCACCCACUACCUUGACGAACCCGACGUCAAACGCUCACCGGUCCCCCUCUAUUACUCUGUGUAUGGACAGGGCUUUCGUGGACGAGCAGAGCCUGAGCCAGUCCAAGCCGUCGAGCUAGCCGCCGACCAAUCGCAAGCGACCUUCGACGUCACCACAUCCGCUAGCGACCAAU